AGAACAGCUGUAGUCGUAAGAAAAUUCCACACACACUGACACACUUCAGACACUUUGUUCAGGAAAAUAUUUUGUAAUUAAUUGGGAUUAUAAUUGUGGUGUUGCUUAACUUUACAGAAUGAGCAAGGAAAUUAGUUUAGCCGAGGUCAAAAAGCACAACAAGUCGGAAGAUUUGUGGGUAGUGAUUGAGGACAAGGUUUACGAUCUGACCAAGUUUCUGCAUGAGCAUCCUGGCGGAGAGGACUCGCUUAUAUCUGUUGCUGGUCGCAAUGGGACACGGGAAUUCGUCGAUGUGGGCCACAGCCAGGAGGCUCGUGAGAUUAUGAAGAAAUUUCUAAUUGGCAAUUUGGCAGCCAGCGACAUUAAAAAGCCAUCGGUCGGUGGAGGAAAAUGAGUAUGAGCAUGAGCAUGAGCAUGAGCAUGAGAUUUCAGCUAACUUCAUUAUGAGCAAUCAGAGCAUCAUCAUCGUCAUCAUUGAUUGGCAGCGUCAUCUAAUUAGCACAUUUCAGAAGGCGAAACGAUUCCACUUGAUUCUGUGAUUCAAUAUGCGCAGUGUAUAUUUUGUAUGAUUGCUAGUUGGAAACUGAUUGCAUUUAAUAUCCCAUAAGAGUUAUAAACGACUAGGAUGUCGCCCAAUAAGAUGUACUGAAAACUAUCUGAGAAUACUGUUCAUCCAAUAAGAUUCACCAAGGGGAAUCUAGCUUAUUUCCCUUAACAAACUACUGCCGCCAUAUGGCAGUCAAAAGGGAAGAAAGCUGAAGUCAAGGAGCUCAAAUUGGAAUCAAGUUCGAAUCGCAUUCGCAAUGUCGUGCUUAUAGCAUGACUUAAAUAAUUGGAUAGUCGUCUACACACAUUACAUACAUGUAUAUAGGUAUCUGCAUAUGUAUAUAUAUAUUCCUAUAUUAUUUCUUCAAGCUUCCAAUCAUUCGCUAGCACCAAAGUUCAAUUCUACAAAAGUUAAGCACACCUCAAAGCAAAUUACAAAAAAAUAAAAAAUAAAA